GGCAGUACGUAUCCGCGAGAUAGACUUCCCGAGCGACCGGUCGGCCUCGAUCUCAGAUGAUUCGCCGGAGGUAGUGGUGGUGUGCGCGAGCACCCACUGUCAGCAAGGGUUAAGCGCAAAGUUUGCGGGAGGGUUGACCGAACCUUCGGUGAUCCCGUGUGUGUGUGUGUGUGUGUGUGUGGGGUGUGUGAGAGAAGAGGAGAAGAAGUGUCGAAAGGAAAGAGAUAGAGCGUGUAUGCGUGUGUAAAAGUGCACCGACGACGUGAACUUGCCCCUCUCGUGGAGCGGAAGCGAUUCUCCUGGAGGUGGCUCCGAGGAUCUCGCUGGCAAAUUUGGUGACAGGAUAUAUUCUCGCGGUGGCGCACCGCCGUCGACGUCGUCGUUGUCUGUCAUCGUCCGCGGGGACAGCGCGGAGGCGUUUUCAUGGCGCGAGGCGACGCGACGGGGAUCGUGCGCGCCUCACCGGAAUACCAGACGACGACAACCGCACGAGCGACGUGAGAGGGUCGCGCGCUAGGGUGCACGGCGACCCCGGGGGCUCUCGUCGCCGCACACAGGAGCAUCGGCCGAGGGAAUAACACAACGGUGGCAGCGGCGGCGGCGCGUACCCCACACACGCAGCCGAGUGCGUCACCGCCCAUAUGUGAUGUGUCCCGCGCGCGUGCGAGCGAAUGAGUAAUCAUGUAUUGUCAGGACAAGGGCUCGACCGCCUCCAAGAGCAAAGAGGGGCCUGUGACAAUGCGGGAAAAGAAAGGUGGUGCUCUCAGUAGAGUGCAAAAAUUAAAAAAACGCCUUAGUCACAGCUUUGGACGGCUUUCUAUAUCAAAAGAAGAGGCUGAUGAUGUAGCAACGAGAGGUCAAUUGCCAUAUAAUGGUUAUUCUGAGGAGUUCCUAGACCGUUUGGAGCCAAAUGGCAAUAUACCUGCAGACAAAGAUCGUCGUUAUGAAUGGACAGGUGUGGGCGACCAUGAGAGAGUGCAUCGACAGCUUUCGGUUUCUAGCGAUUCGAAGCUUCUCGAUGAAGAUAUACGAGAGGAAGCUAGGGUAAUUCUGCGGCCCCGACGUCCACCGCGGCCCAAAUCUGAAGUUUUCCUUGGUCCAGAACCUAGAAGAACUAAAAGAUUCUCCGCUUUUGGGGGAGACUCACCAUUCGGUAAAUCCGAAGCUUACAUAAAACUGGAGCAGUUGGGCGAGGGAUCAUAUGCCACAGUGUUCAAAGGCUACAGCCAUCUCACUAAUCAAGUGGUGGCUCUUAAAGAAAUUAGACUGCAAGAGGAAGAAGGAGCUCCGUUUACUGCCAUUCGCGAGGCAAGUCUCCUCAAAGAGUUAAAACAUAGCAAUAUCGUGACUUUACACGAUAUCAUUCAUACUCGUGAGACGCUCACCUUUGUGUUUGAAUACGUUCAUACCGAUCUAUCGCAAUAUAUGGAGAGGUAUUUCGGAAACGGAGGAUUGGAUCCACGUAACGUUAAAUUGUUUCUUUUUCAAUUGUUGAGAGGACUGGCAUAUUGUCACCGCAGGAGGGUUCUGCACAGAGAUGUUAAGCCACAGAAUUUAUUAAUCAGCGAAAUAGGAGAACUUAAAUUGGCAGACUUUGGGCUAGCAAGGGCCAAAUCCGUGCCAUCGCAUACAUACUCACACGAAGUCGUGACCUUAUGGUACAGACCGCCCGAUGUUCUUUUAGGUUCCACAGAAUAUUCCACCUCGCUCGACAUGUGGGGAGUAGGUUGCAUAUUUGUGGAAAUGUUAACCGGCGAACCGACAUUCCCAGGUGUACGCUGUACGUACGACCAACUCGAUAAGAUAUUUAAAGUGCUGGGCACACCUACCGAGGAGACUUGGCCAGGUGUCACGCAUCUACCCGGGUAUAAAGCGCAUAGACUGAUAUUUUAUCCGCCGCGGAAACUGGGACUCUCGUUUCCUCGGCUUUACGAUAUCGCCGAGGGCGAUAGUAUGGCGUCGUCGCUCCUGCAGCUGAAUCCCGAUCAACGGAUAGGUGCGGAAGAAGCGUUACAUCAUCCAUAUUUUGCCUCUCUUCCUAGGAAAUUAUAUGAAUUACCUGAUGAAGUGUCGAUAUUCAGCGUUGAAGGUUGUCACUUGUAUACAAACUCGAGGCACGGGUGCGCGGAUUCGCGUCACACGACUCUUAAGACUUGAGGUUAAAGCAAACGUUAAAUGAGUAAAUUAUAAGUAAAUUCGCAAUUUACACGUUGAGUGAAAUAUUCAUUCUCAUGAGAUUCAUAUGUGUGUGGAUACACACACAUGUAUACACACAUACACACACAUACAUACACACACACACACAUACAUACAUACACACACACACACACACACACACACACACAGACAUAACAGAUACACAGGCGCACAUGCACUAUUCCCAGAUGCGUUGUUCGCUCUCUCUCAGGGCUGCUCCAUGAUUUCCGCCACUAUUCUUUUCACACAAAUGCAAUAAUAAUAUUCUUUUCUCCUUCUUUUUUAAGAAUAUACGUAUCGAGUAAAUUAAUUAUUAACGAAGAUAAAUCGUAAUUCUGGUCAAGGAAACAAGAAAGUAAAGCUUAUGGCUACAAGUUAAAAAAAAAAAAGAUUAUAAGAAUUUGCGCACGCUCGAUUUAGGAAGCAAAAGCACGCACGACCCAUCCUCGCACUUCGUCCAAAUACUAGAUUUAGAUCGAUACCAAUCAAAAAGAAA